CUGGAUUUGUGCCAAAAUUUGGAACAUGAAGGUGACAUUGUUGCCCUCUGCUUUUACCAUUUUUGGUUGGAAAAUGAUAUUACCGUGUUGAGAUUUAGAUUCUGGUAGGAUAGAGCAGUAGCACAGGAUGACGGCUUUAGAAGAGCGCAGGCGAUCCGUGGAAGAGCGGAGACGCUCUGUGGAGGCGUCGAAAGAAGCUGUCUCGAAGACGCUAUCAAUAUCAACUGGUAGGCGCAUGUCCGCGGGAGGGACCCGACGUGCGUCGAAAAUGGCACAUUCGCAGCUUUUGAACGCAAACUUCAACGAGGAGCUCGUGCGAACUUUUCGGCGACGGAGCAGCAUUCAGGCGAGCCAAGAACUUAGUGGAAGCAGACGGAGCUCGAAAACCCGAGGCAGCGUCAUGUUGGAUCCAGCGCGCCGCCGCAGUUGGAGCAGUAGCGUAAACAAGGCUGACCGACAGCGGAGUAAGAUCUACGAGACACAUGUCAUGUAAAAACGCGUAAGCAGUUCUUUUAGAUCAACUAGUUCAUUUGUUUCUUACUGCGUUUGUUUUAGAAAGAUGAGAGUGUACGUCUAAUGUGUCGGCUAGGCAGGUUGCUGCGGCUAAUUCGGAGUAAGUUCACCAAGUAGAUUGCAUUUUCAUCGCCUCUUUCAUAUUUUUCGUCGGUCUGCUGCUUAUCUUGAAUUCCGGAAGUGGCAAACGAGUAUGCCCGAUCCGUUGCUUGGCCGGAGUCACAGGUGCCCCUUCACUGGGAGAGUGAGGAUUGAGUUAAACCGUUCGCAGAUAGACGUGUCGAAGGAGCUCUUACUUCUGCAGAAGCUCGAGCAGAAACAGCUGAGCAAAGAUGUGCAACACGAGCGACGGAUUCGUGCUGAGCGUCGACGGCGGGAGCUGGAGCGCAUACCUGAUUUUCAUCUGGUGGACCUCUUUUCAGAGCGUGAAGUCGUGGGAGGUAUAAGUCCUGUCUUGGGAAAGAGUAGUCUCUGUAGUCUUACUUCUGCUUAGUCGUAUAGCAGUCUAGAAGAAGCUCGCUUUCGUCCUGAUGGCAGUGGUACCUACUGUGACUUUAUAUUUUCCGCUCUCGCAGGUCUUCCUAGCGAGCUAGCGCAGGAAUUGUAUCUGAUGAAGCCAAAGCCCUUAAUGACGCGGACAUGGAUAUUCCACGAUAUUUGGGAAGAAUCGAACAACGAAAAAACGCGGACACAGUGCAUAGAAGAGGCGUUGAGAGUGCCAGUAGUCCACAAGCGAACACUCACAGCGUACUAGACCUAGAUUAAAUGUAGGCAUACGUCAUGAAGAAGGACGCGUGCUGUAGUUUUCAGGCAGUGUAUAGAGCAUACAUAGUUCUAUGCGACGAGAUACUUACGUCGCUGUGGUCACUACUGUUACUUGAUAAGAACAUUCUGAGUUGGACAACAAAGCCUUUUUCAACUUCCAGGUGGCAGGAGUCGUUCUCGACACAGGCGACGAAUCUUUCACCCGCAGUAUCCAUGCUAUUCAUGAUCGUAUCCCUCGCCUUUACACAGGAGUUCAUGGCGUUACUUGUUGUCGACUGCGUCCUCGUGUUUUCUCUUCUAGUCACGAUCGGUUGGAACAAUUACGGCCACUUUUCCUACGUGCGUCCGCUGACCGCGCUUUUUCGGUAAGAAAUUUUAUCAGCUUUUCCAGAAAAUUAAUAUAAAUAUAUCUGCAGUGCCUGCUUGACUGCAUUUCGAUAUAGACACGGUUUUCCCCAGAUAAUAUUGACUUCGCCCCCCUGACUAUCAAUUCUGCUUUCAGGUAUCCGAUGUAUUUCUACCUUUUUGGAGCUACGCCGACACCUUUGGACUUCCUCAUGCGCGAGGACACGAUAGGAUUUUUUGGUUGCCUUUUCAUGUUCAUGUUCAUCAUUUUCGAGAUCGCUCUGGACUUUGCCGUGACGAUAACAUGGGGUGAUCGCAGGGGGUUUAUGGUUGUUCGUGAUCUAAACAGCACUUCGAAAAGCGCUGCUUCCACGCAUGUCUACGUAGUGAAGGCAAUUCCGUGGUCAAAAAGUAUUUAGUUAAAUUUUUUACGCCUUCAUUGACACUUUUCCCCUCAUCAAGAGGUGCAGUCGGAUUUUGUUUUUGAAAAACUACAUCUACAGAUUGCGUCAAGACGCUCGUCGUGUUCGUAAAGAAAGUGAGAUAGACGUUGUACCCCCCUUUAGCAAGAAUGCGAUAGCUUUAUUUUCCCUAUGGAAUUCUAUUUACCUUCAACACAGAUGCACAGUUUCAGCCUCCUAAAAUGCGAGAGGGCCACUGGGAACACCCUGGUGGCGACGUCGAUGAGGAUAUCAGCGGGAUACCAGCGGAGGAGUGGGCGAACGAUAAAACGUGCAUGAUUGUCGCAGAAUUACACGGACUCAUUUGUCAACUACUGCCAAUGACGGUUGCGGACUAUCAAGCAUUGACGACGCGACAGCUAACAGGAGAAAUGCUACAUCUAGAGUAUUAUUUUUUAGAAGCCCACAGCAUGACAACUUUUGUCCACGCUGAUUAGAUUUUUUUUGAUUCUGAAGUAGAUGCGCGCACCCUUGAAGGAAUAUUCUCGCACUGACUCUAUGUAUUUCACAAACAAGUUUUUUCUUCCUUGUCAACCGACAGAUACAUCCAGACAAACACGAUGUCUCCUGCGCACUACACGGCCAACGAGGUGGCCAAAUUCGUUGAGGCCCAGAAAGAUGCGUCCGGGUCUAGUCAAGAGGUCUUUGAGGAUGCAAUUAGAGAUAGAAUCGCUCGUGGUGUAACGUGGACCAUUCUGCCAGCACCGGAAGGACGCUGUAUUCGGCACAUGCUUCCAGUUAAACGCAGACGCAGCAAAGAGUAUGCUGAUGGCCGCAGGCAUAGCUUGGGCUUAUAGACUGGCAUGCCUCAUGUAGUACAACUAUUCAUAUGCACCCAGUAGUUUCGCCAAAGCUACGAAUCUUUGUUUAGAGUUUUGCUUCCGACCUGUUUACCUAGUUCAUCAUCCAUUAGUAAUGUUAACACGCUUGGUUAAGAACUUUUGGACUAUCUUCAUUAAAGUUUCGUUUCCGGAUAAGAAAGUGGCGUAAGUAGUUGCAAUAUUACGCCUAAAUCUCGCCUUAGGUCGCUUUAGGCGACUUCGGAAGUUUAUACAGUUACAUCGAUGAAAAUUGCACGAGUAGAAAGCUCAGUCGAGUAAUUUUGACAAUCCACAUUUUAGUAUCAUAAACUAGUACAGUUGUAGCCUACGAGGCUGCUGUGUAGAGUGAGUCCUUACUUAUACGUGGUGAACAUUUGCGGUCAAUAUCACGGCUUACAUCUGAUUUGUCUUUGUACUGCGAUUUUUCCGUAGAAGCUCUAUGGUAGGACGGUUUUGCUAACAUAAUCAAUUCUUCUCCAUACUUGUAGAUAGUUCUGGGAGGGCGGAUUUCCAUAAAGAUUGAUAAGUCAUUUUCGAGCUUCCAUAUCUGGCAUCAUGGAUAUCAUCAUUUUCGCACAUAACGGGCUCUACUAAGACUAUCAGGCAGAAAACAAUAUUCUAGUGCUGUGUUUAUGUCCCCCGCCCUUUUGAUAUUACUAUAGUUUCAUGAGUAGUGGACAAGUUCUUGCAGAGCUAUAUUUCGGCUGAUGGCAUACAGAGCUGAUCAGAAUCUAAUGCUAAAAUGGACUCACAUACUGGUGCUCCUUUCUAAGCAGUAUGUCCCGACUUGUUGUUUAGACAUAAUGAUAUUGCCUCGUUUCGAAAAUAAGGUUUCGUCGUGCAUAAGUAAGUCAUCACAUCAAGAAAAUGCGACUCUCGUCGAAG